UUUCUUGACUCUCCUUCGAUCAAUUCAACACUCGACAACGGUCGAUAUUUUUCCCGCGCUCCCUCCCGGCCGGAAGCGAUGGAAUCAUAAGUUCCGGCAGCUGCGCGACGCCGCGCCGCUUUCUGCGCACAAUUGACGCGGUAUCGAACGUAUUGAUCGGCCGGACCGACGCGCCGACGAAACUGUAGCAUUGUAACGUUGUGUAGCCCGGUCACAGUGGGAGGAAUACAGUCGGCGAGGUGGCUCUCCAGGCGGGCAACGCUUCCUGAACUUUGAAAAUCAAUGCCAAUGUUCAGCUGGCGCGAUAGCUGGGCCAAAGAGAAAGAAACAGCCUGUUGGUCGGGACAGAGAGGGCAGGAAAACGGCAGAGCCCCGGCAUAUUGAUCUGUCUUUUCCAGACGCCUCGAAUGCCAGCCACGCUUCACCGUCUGCGCAAUCAGAGACCCUGUGGCACUUAAAGCGGAUAGACACGCUCGUCUGCUGAUCGAAUUUCCAUUAGCUAUGCGUUGUACGCCGUUUGAUUCUAGAAGCAGAAUGCAAUUGAGGGACUGUUGCAGGACUGACCCAUUUUUAAUGGCCAUAAAACGCCUUAUGGCACCUGUCACGUGACUGGAAAGGACACAAUGAUAGUUGGCUUGUAUAAGGCCCGACUCCAGUGUGCCGCAAUAGUCCAAAAAAACAGUUCAGUAAAACAGUACACAAGACAAUACACAGCAGCCAAAAGAAACGCGGCGUUUUAGAAUACUUGGACUUGUGCACGGAUCCUCCUCCCAUUCCUUCGCACGCAUCUUGUUACACGAGAAUGCACUCGUACGCGCAGUCAGCGUGCGAUUGCUAUUGCAGAACUCGCGUGCCGAUCGCCCGGCGAAGGGAGGAAGUUCACUCUGAUAGAAGUCGCGUCAGGGGGUCCAGGAGUCCGGUUCUUAAAAUGGAAACUGCGAGAACUGCUGCUAAAAGAGUUCCACUGAUCGCGGCGAAGGUCGUUGACGAUGAGCAGGUAAUGCAGCUCGACAGCAAGAGGUCCACCGUAACGGUUCCUGUUUCCCCAGUUCUCAGUCCAGAAACAACGGCUGCCCUCGAGAAUGUAGAGAAACUGGUCAAAGACGCAGAGAUUCAGAUGAAGGAAAUAAGUAUGAACGUCAGCCGUGGUCGUUUUCAAAGCUGCCUAAAUGUACGUCCGGACGAGGCGACGUUCGACGACGAGAACGAUCAAUUGCUGUACGUACGUGAGCGUGUCGCUUGUAAAUUCCAAGAGGCGAACGGCUGGAUCGAUACGGACUCCGGAAACAGCCAUCGGUUCGCCAACGAGGAACGCGACCAGCCAACCAGCAAAAGACUCGUCGACCUCUCGGCUCCGAAAUUCCAAAUUUCCGCGGACCGUUACGAAGAAUUCUCGCGACAGAGGAGGCUGGACAUUCGGAGACUGGGGCUAGCCUCGUCUCGCUCGGUGGACGAGCCAGAAAAUGACGACAUGGUAAAGAAGAUUGACGAUGGAGUGCGCUCUCCAAGGAAAGGAACGGAGAGAGACGAAAGAAUGGAUGUAUUCUCAGUUCAGAUCGGCCCCUCGGUGAACAUCAAAGGGGACCUAGUCGCCCAGAAUUUAGCAAACAUUCACAUCUCGCCAGAUCCAAGUUUCACUCGGGAGAAUCAGAAUAUCGGGACUUACGUGGUUCGUCGCGAUUCCUGCAAGAGAAACGAGGCGAGGCGAGAGAAGAUCGCGAGGAUGGUAGAAGAGGAUGAAGACGCUGUAAGAUUGAAGAAGCCUGACGGCGGGAUAUCAGAUUCUGAUAGAUCCUCUGUUCUAACGAACAUUGAGAAGCUAGAGAAACACGUGGAGAAUGUAUGCGAAGCAGACGGAUCGUUGGCGAUGAAUUCCGAUAAUAUUUCCGAGAGAAACCUCGAGUCGAUCUCUCGCGACGAAGGUAGAAAUUUGGAAGAGCCGAAGGCUACUCUUCCCGAGGAGAAAGUAACUCUGAAAAGCGAGCAGAAACAGGUGAGAUUCGAGGAACGAUGCUCGGAGAAGGAGGAGAAAGAAAUCACCAAUCCCUCGGUAACAGAGUGUCGUGAAAAUCGGCUAGAAAUGGAAGAGGAUGCUACGAGAAUCUCGGAAGAGAAGAAUCUAAGAACGCGAACCGAACGACGUAAAUGCUCUCUGAAGCAGUUCGAAGCGAACGACGAACACGUCCCGUUGUCGAGUAGAGAGGUAGCGGAGAAACACAAGACGAGUAGAAAGGAACACAGAGAGACCCGUGAAGAUCGGCGCAAAGGUAUAGAGGAACGUUUUGCAAAUAUUGUUCGAGCGUGUCGCGACAGGGGCGAUGAACGUUCGAAGUGUCGUGACGACGACGAAGAUAGCAACGUAGUUUCGCCCUCGUGUACGAUCUCUGCGGAAAGUUCCGACGAGUCUCACCCGGAUAGUCUCGAUCUGCGUUUCUACGAGCCUUCCGUAAACGAGCUGGACGAUGUUCUGGCCUCCUACGACGAGAUAAUUGGGAACAUUGUUCAGUCGACGAGAACGAUCGAUGAAUUUCUUUCGCGGUCAGAGUUGCGAGAGUAUUGCGUAGAUGAUGACGGGAGUAAUCUGGUGUCCUCGGACAGAGGGAGAAUCGAAGAGACAGAGGUGAAAUCGGCGGCAGCACGAGAACGAAGUUUGUCGAUUGAUUCGAAGGGACGUCGCGGCCAAAGUUCGAGGGAUAAAUUAAAGAAAGUAGGAAUGCCAGCUCGAAGCAGACAUUCCGAAUCACUGAAUCGCGACUGGAUCGAUGGCCUGUUACUGGUUGCGAGUGGAAGCUUGAACGAGGAGAGGGAUCUGAAAGAAAUGAACUUCGAGGAUGAUAUGGCGAAGAGGAGGGGCGAGAGGCCUGCGAUGAAAACAAGAGAUAUAAAAAUGAAAGAUCGGCUGGACCGAUCGGAUCGAUUAGCCGAGGAGAGGAGAGCCUCGAGCGAAACUAGCGAGACAAUUGACAGGCAAACGUUCCCUCGUAAAGCGCGUUUAUUUCGAAUUGUGAACGAUAGCUCCAGUCUGACUGCCUCCUCGAUCUAUCCACUCACCUCCAGCACCAACAAUACAAGAUUGUCGGACGAGACGUCGAGGUUGUCCAACAACGACGAGCCUGUCAAGGAGGGAACGAUUUCGAAAAUAAAUCCUUCAGAAACGAAGGGAGACUCGCAGAAUGUUCCUUUGGAUGUUUUGAAGGGGAUCAAACUGGAGAGUUUCAUUGACAGGGCGAAGAACGUUCUCAGCGUGAAUGAAAUCGUUGUACCGGCGGUGAUUAAAAGUUUGCUGGAGGCGGCGUAUCCUGAAAAUCUCAGAUCACCGAUUACCGAGCGUUAUUCACCGUGUAACAACGUGGAUUCCAACGUUCGAACGGCGGAGGGGAAAUCGAACGACGAGUCUGAGAGGCGGGAUUCGCAGUUGGAACCUCCGUUGAAUUCUGAGGGGAGACGCAACGGAGGAGAGCCUACCUCGGAUAAAUCGGUUUUAAAGUGUGGCGAGAUGGCGUCCAGAGACGAGGAAGCGGAUAAAAUAGGUUGCUGCAUCGAGGGAAGCUCGGAAACAGGGGGCAAAGUACUCGAUGGUACGAGAAGUAAUUUCGAGAGGAGCAAUGAAAAUAGCGUGGACUCGCGGACGAACAAGAAUUUGAUCUCCACGAGAACCGAGUCCAAUGUCGCUGACGAGUCAACCAAGUCAGGUGAACCAAGUCGAACUUCUGGAACAUUAGAGGAUGACUUGCUGCACGACGUUGGCAAAGAAGAGACGAAUUUGAUGGAAAAUGCCGGCGAAAGCGAGGAGAAUUUGAAGCGUGAUGAUUCUGAAGCUUCGAACGAGAACUUGGUAGCCAGUGAAAAAGUAGAAAAUCUCGUGGAACCGCCGUCGAUUGAGAAUACAGGGAACGACGACGGCUUCGUGAAAAGAAUCACACAGGAUUCGUCCGAUUCUCUGCGCGACUGCGCGUCCCUUCGAUCCUCCCUGAGAAAUCUUUCGAGAUCCUCGAGUAAUAACAAUACGAAACCUUCGUGUGAAUUUGAACGGACAGAAAGGUGUAACGCGACUGACGAUAAAAUAGAAAAUACGAAUAAUCCGCGUUUUGACAGUGUGGAGAGGGAGAAGAUCUUAUCGGAGGUGUAUGAUGAAAUGAACAAGAAGCUCUUCUCUUCCACGUGUCUCGAUACCAACACCAACUGUUCGAGCUUCCUUGAUCAACAAAGAUUUUCCAACGGUAUAUCUGCAAUAUCUACGAUACGAUCAAAUAAGGUUGAAAUUUCGUCUGAUGCAUCACAUUCCGAAGGGGAAUUAUACAUGCCAAGUUCCGGUUCUUAUUCUCUCGGUGAAGUUCGCAUGCUGACAAAGAGUCGAUCAGACAGCGAAAACACUGAUAAUUUCGAUAGCAACGUCGCUAUUUUCGUUACGAAAGAGAUGUUGACUUCUUGGAGCAAAUCUUCAAAGUCCCUCGUGCAAAGCAUGGGAGAAAUUUAGAAUUGCUGAUUUGAUCGAGAAGGCGCAAGGUGUAUCUCGACGCGAGCCACGUACGUUUCAAAUAUUACAAUUGAAGAUGCAACAGCGGUGACGCACCUCUUAUUUAUGAUUUGAGAAAAUGAUCAUCGAAUGCACACGAUGAGAAAUAUCGUCAAGAUACUGUAAAUAGAAUAAUGAUUUUAAAUAAACGUAUUGUAUGUCGGA